AUGCCAAGCACACCCACCCCGCAGUGUGUGCGGCGGUUGCAAAAGGAGCUUUCCGCCCUAUGCCGAGAGGCCGAGUCGUUUUUUUUCACCCGUCCCUCAGCAAAGAGUAUUCUGGUUUGGUAUUUCGUCAUCAAGGGUCCUGCGGAUACCCCUUAUGAAGGCGGUCGCUACUUUGGCAAGCUGAAUUUUCCCCCCGACUAUCCAAUGAAACCGCCUGAGAUUAUCAUUUUGACGCCAAAUGGACGUUUUGAGACCAACAAGAGCAUUUGUCUCACCAUGAGCAAUUAUCAUCCGGAGAAUUGGAGCCCUUUGUGGGGGGUCCGCACCAUUCUUACGGGGCUGCUCUCAUUCAUGGUGGGAGACGAACUCACUACUGGGUGCAUGACGAGCAGCGAUGAGUUGCGGAGGAAGUACGCUCGUGAGAGCCGUCGUUUCAAUGCAGAGAAAAUGCCAGUAUACAAGGAACUGUUUCCUGAGGAGUAUCAAAAGGAUUUGGAGGAAUUGAAGCGAGAGGACACUGAGAAAAACGGUCGUACUUCUGGAAGUGCUGGUUGUGGUGCGAAUACGAAAGGAGGAGGUGUGAUGGAAUCGCAAGAAAAAGAGCAAUGGCGUGGGUUAUUCCCGGCACUUUUGGGACUUUUUGCUGUGUUAAUGGGAGCCUACUUUUGGCCAUGGUAA